CUCAUCAACCCUCCGCCGCCGUGAGGAGGUGUCAGAUCGCAUGCCUUGCUCUCUACACCACGCUCCAAGCCUGCGUCUUCCGAUCAUAUUCCCUUAUUGGUACAGCAAUGGCAUCACGUACCUCGGCGGUCGUCACCAGCUCUGUCCGUGCGAGAAGCGCGGUGUGGAGAACGCCAGCGGUGGGAUACAGAAGCGCAAGCAUUCGACAUUCGUCACAUUCGGCAGCUGGCAUUGCAUCAGGACGAAAGAAGGUCACGCUCCAAACACUUCAGACCAUGUACCGCAAACAGGAGCCCAUUGCCAUGAUCACCGCUCACGACUUUCCAAGCGCCCACGUCGCCGAGCAUGCGGGCAUGGACGUAGUUCUGAUCGGCGACAGUCUGGCCAUGGUCGCCCUGGGGCUGGAAGAUACCAGUAGUGUGUUGUUGGAGGAGAUGAUACUACACUGUCGAAGUGUUGCUCGUGGUGCCACGGCACCCUUCCGCAUUGGAGACUUGCCCAUGGGCUCGUACGAGGUGUCACCGGAGCAAGCAUUGCAAUCUGCCAUUCGGCUGGUGAAAGAGGGUAACGUGCAUGCAGUCAAACUAGAAGGAGGAGUCGCCAUAGCGCCACAAAUCUCCAAAAUCACAACAGCUGGUAUACCGGUGCUCGGACAUAUCGGCCUGACGCCUCAGCGACAGAAUGCUCUGGGGGGAUUCCGCGUGCAAGGAAAGUCGGUAGCUAGUGCGCUGAAGCUGCUCGAGGACGCGAAGGCAGUGCAAGAUGCAGGUGCUUUUGGAAUGGUCAUCGAAGCAGUUCCCGCCGAAGUGGCAGCCGUUGUGACUGAACAGCUCCAUGUGCCCACCAUCGGCAUCGGCGCGGGAAAUGCAUGCUCUGGUCAAGUGCUGGUGCAAGUAGACAUGGCAGGCUAUUUCCCCACGGGUCGAUUCCUGCCCAAGUUUGUGAAGAAAUACGGUGAUAUGUGGGGAGAAGCGGCACGAGCGAUUCGAGAAUAUGGCAAAGAAGUCAAGGAGCGUAGUUAUCCUGCCCCCGAACACACGUAUCCGAUGCCUGAGAAGGAUGUAGCUGAGCUCCGUAGAAUCGUCAACGCAGACCCAUGAGCUGCACACAUUGCGUGUCACCGUGUAGCCAGCGUGCAACUGCAUCAUAGUCACCAUUAUCAUCAUCAUCAUCAUCCGAAAGCCUGCGUGAUACUGUAGGAGACGACUAGCUCGUCGCCUGUCUUGAAGCACCUCCACAAGUUGCCAACCGCUUCGUCGAGACCGGGCGCAAAGACGGAAUUGACAUAGCAAAAGACAGCUUCGUGAUCCUGGAGGGCCAACUUGCGUCGGAGAAACCUCACAAUGUACUCGAAUCGCUGGUUGCUAGAGCACUUGAAUCGCGGCUGUCGGAGCUGGGCCGUAUUGGGCAAAGGAGACAGUCGAAUGGUGACUUUGGCUUGCUCGACGUCACCUGCGGUAUCCAGUGCUCGGGCAGCAUCCUUGGGUAAAUGCUCGAGCACCACCGACGCUGCUAUGGUCAUGGGCAAAUCUGCUCCCUCGCGCUCAAGAACAUCAUCUUCGGGAGACGUCGACAUGGACGCGUGUUUGUUUCCAGGUCGUUUGAUCAAGAGAGUCUGAGUGAAGGUGGGUGUAUGACAAC